UGCAAUAUGUCAGCCUCCAUGAAAUGAAAGUAGUUAGUUGUGAAUAUGUUUUUUAAAUGUUUAAGAACGAUCUUUACAAGAACUAAGAAGGAAAAUAUAUUGCUUUAUGUAGGAAUAUGUAGACGACACAAUCAAAUUCGCAUUUUAUCCAAUGCUGUGAGCUUUACAAACAGGACACACACAUGUGGUUCGUUAAGACACAGAGAUGUUGGACAAACAGUCAAGCUAUGCGGUUGGGUACAAUACAACAGGGGUGCAAAGUUCCUUGUCAUAAGAGAUUGGUCUGGAAUAACACAACUUAUUGUUCCAUCAGAAAAGAAUGAAAUGCAAGAGCUGGUCAAAUCCUUGACAUUUGAAUCUGUGAUAGAGGUCAUUGGAAAGGUUAUACCGCGCCCAGAAGGGGAAGCAAAUCCAGCCAUGGCUACAGGAGAUAUUGAAGUAGACGUAGAGAAGAUACAAGUCCUGAAUAAAGCUUCGCAGGAACUGCCCAUACCUGUUACAGAUUUUCAAAAGGUAAAUGAGAAUAUUAGAAUGGAGUACAGGUAUAUGGACAUCCGAAACAAACAGAUGCAGCGAAAUCUCAGACUACGUUCCAAGAUGAUUAUGAAAAUUAGAGAGUUUCUUGCAAAUGAACAUGAAUUUGUUGAUGUUGAAACACCUACACUCUUUAGGAGAACCCCGGGAGGAGCUAAGGAGUUUAUAGUACCAAGUGGUCAGCGAGGAAAAUUCUACAGUCUACCACAGUCACCACAACAGUUCAAGCAACUGUUGAUGGUUGGUGGUAUAGACAGGUAUUUUCAGAUCGCUAGAUGUUACAGGGAUGAAGGAGCAAAACCUGACAGACAGCCAGAAUUUACACAGUUAGACAUAGAGAUGUCAUUUGUGAACCGAGAGGGUGUUAUAAAGUUGAUAGAAGAUUUGAUGGUGUAUAGUUGGCCAGAAGAUCAGUCAGGGAUAGACACCCCUUUCCCUCACCUAACAUACGAUCAAGCUUUGAGACUUUAUGGUUCAGAUAAACCUGACACAAGGUUUGAUAUGAAGAUACAAGAUAUUACCUCUAGAUGUCUAGACUGUGGUAUUCAGGUGAUUGACAGUCAGUUACAGACAGGAAAUGGCUCGGUAGUGGCUAUAAAAAUACAGGAUAAACAGAGACACAUUUCCAAGAAGAAACUUGAAGAUCUGAAGUCAGUUGCAUUGAAUGCUUUAAAUGAUACACAGACUGUCCUUAUUCCUAUUCGAAUAACAGAGGAUAGAGCUUGGCAGUCACCUAUUGCUAAACAUCUAAGGUCAGAGGUCAAGGAUAUUAUUACCAGUGACCUUGACCUUCAGUCUGGUGACCUUGUGGUACUUGCUGCUGGACAGCAUUUUAAACCGCAUGAAGCCCUGGGCAAAAUGAGGUUGCUAUUAGCAGAUUAUUUAGAGAGCACUGGUCUUCAAAUUAGACAAAAGAAUGCUUUCAACUUUUUAUGGGUUGUAGAUUUCCCUUUGUUUCUGCCAAAAGAGGAAGGAGAAGGCCUGGAAUCUGCUCACCAUCCAUUUACAGAUGUACAUCCGGAGGACAGACAUAUGUUACAUACACAUCCAGAUAAGGUUCGAGGCCAGCACUAUGAUCUUGUAUUAAAUGGGAAUGAAAUUGGAGGUGGUUCUAUCAGGAUCCAUAACCCUGAUGUACAAAAAUAUGUUCUGGAAGAAGUCUUGAAGGAGGAUUCUAGUGAAUUAGAGCACUUAUUGAAAGCUUUCACUACAGGAUGUCCACCUCAUGGAGGGAUAGCUCUAGGUCUCGACAGAAUAUUUGCUAUUAUUUGUGGUGCAUCAAGUAUACGUGAUGUGAUUGCGUUUCCGAAGUCACAAGAUGGCAGAGAUCCAAUGAGCAAAGCCCCUGCUCCAGUAUCUCAGGCUGAACUUGAUUCAUAUCAUAUACAAAUUAAACCAGAAUCUAGCUAAUCAGUUUCAUGUAAAUUUAAGUUUUUUUUUUUUUAAUUAAAAAUAAUUAAAUGAA